AUGGCUGAGCGUCAAGAGAUGGGUCCAUUGGAAGGGACACCUGCUGCUGACACUUACCCCAGAAAGAUACUGGAGUAUAUGGAAGGAUUCCUCAUCUCCAAGACGGUUUUCUCCGCCUGUGAGCUGGGUGUGUUUGAUGUGUUGCUGGCUUCAGAGCGUCCCCUGUCUGCAGAGGAGGUCAGUCAGGCGGUCGGAGCCAGUCUGGAUGGCACACAGAGACUGCUGGCUGCCUGCACCGGCCUGCAGCUCCUCAACACACACCAGGACAAUGGACGAGUGUGUUACAGUAACACAGAGCAGGCCAGUGUCUACCUGACCCGCUCCAGUCCUCUGUCCCUUUACCAGUCCAUCCAGUACAGCUCCAGAACCAUCUACCUCUGCUGGCACUACCUGACCGACGCUGUCAGAGAGGGAAGAAACCAGUAUGAAAAGGCUUUUGGAGUCAGCUCGAACGACCUGUUCCAAGCUCUCUACAGGUCUGAUGAGGAGAUGGUGAAGUUUAUGCAGUUGAUGAACUCUAUUUGGAACAUCUGUGGUAAAGACGUAGUUACGGCCUUUGACCUUUCGCCUUUCAACAUCAUCUGCGACCUUGGAGGCUGUAGUGGAGCAUUAGCCAAGCAGUGCACGUCAGCCUACCCAGAAUGCACUGUGACGAUCUUUGACCUCCCCAAGGUGGUGCAUACGUCGAGGGAACAUUUUGUCACUGGGGCCGACGAGAGGAUAAGCUUCCACGAAGGGGACUUCUUUAAAGACCCCCUGCCAGAGGCUGACCUCUACAUCCUCGCCAGAAUCCUCCACGACUGGACAGACGAGCGCUGCAUAGAGCUACUCAGUAGCGUCUACAAAGCCUGCAAACCAGGAGGCGCUGUGUUGCUAGUGGAGGCGUUGCUCCACGAGGACGGCUGUGGCCCGGUGACAGUGCAGCUCUACUCCCUGAACAUGCUGGUACAGACGGAGGGCAGAGAGAGGACGGCUGCUCAGUACGCUGCCCUGCUGGAUGCCGCCGGCUUCACCGGCACCCAGCACCGCCUUACUGGGAAGAUCUACGAUGCUGUGCUGGGACGCAAAGAGACAUGA